AUGGAUUCGACUCUCGCUCCCGCCGCCUACGCCGGCACCCUUCUGCUUGCCCUCCGCCUCCUGGUCGAGGCGAACUUUUUCGAGAUGAUGAGCGACCUCUUUGAGGUUUAUCCUUCCUGGGGCGUCGUCCUCAGCAUCUCGUUUCUCUUCACCUCGGCCAAGCUGUUGGCUUCCUCGUUCGCCUUCGCUCGGGUUUGUCUCCCCGUGGUGGCCGCCGGGACCAGUCGGUUCCUGGCGUGCCUCUCUGCAGCGGCCACUCGCCGGGCCAAUCUGGUCCGCGAGGCGGUCGUCAGCGCUUCCCGGGGGUUCGUCAUCACCCUCGGGUCCACCACUGCCGCUGGCAUCCUCUCCUGGGUGCUCUGCCGUCUCCUCCUCCCUCCCCUGCUCUCGGUCGCCCGUCCGUUCGCCCGUGCCAUCCUGGGGCAGUACGCUGCCUGGGAGAGCCGGGUGCUCGCUCGGCUCGGAGACUUCGCGGACCUUGUCUGCGUCGACAUGGGGCGUCGGGUCGAGCGGCGCCGCGUCCUCCGCACGCGGGAGCUGCAGUGGAGCGCGCAGAGGAGCAGGCUCGACCAGCUGAACGACCUGGUCGCCCUGAUUGCCCGGAACGCCGCCGAUGCCUGGAGCGAGUCUCGCGAAUGGCUCGAAGGCAGGUACGAGCAUCUGAGGCCGUCCGAGUUCGCCGGUCGGGUCGCCAUCACGGCCCCCGAGCAGGGCCCGCUGCCGCCUCUCGGUCUGUGGUUCCGCCUGCGUCACCGGAUCGACCUGGACGUCUACUGGGCCGACCAAACCAUCGCGCGGCUCGAUGCCGCCAUGGAGAGGAACCAGGUCGCCAUCGCCGACCUGGAGCGCCAAGUUGCCGUCCGCUCCCAGGAGAUCCGGGCCAUCAACGACCAGGUCCGCGACUGCCGGCAGCGUGCGCGCGCUGUGUUGGUCUCGACAAGCUUUGUCAGGCCGACGCAGAUCGCAAACUUCUGCCGGCAGUUGCCCUUGUUCCGCCGACCGGAGGCCCGGGCCCAAGAGGCCGAACCCUCCGCCGCCGCCGCCGCAGCCCUCCCCUCGCGCGCCGAAGCCGACUCCCCCGGCCCGGCUGCCAUUCUCCCCUCGCCCCCGUCUCCGCCACCGCCGCCGCAGACCCCGCGCUUUCACCGCGCUCUCCUUCCGCCGCCCCCUCCCUCGCCGACCCCCGAGGAGAUUGCCGCCGCCGCCGCCGCCGCCACGCCCGUCCCGAAGAAGAGCCGCAAGAGGGCUCUUCUCGACCAGGCGCGGAAGCAACUGGAGCAGUCCGCUGAGCACACCCGCCUGCUGGCCGAGCAGCGUGCCGAGUCCGAGCGCCAGGAGCGCGAGGACGCCCAGCGGCGCGCCGCCCGCGCCGAGGUCCAUCAACACCUCGCCGCGCGCGCCAGAGCCGCCCGCCAGCGGUACCGCGAGAGGCACGGCACCCCCCGUGGUGAGGCCACCAACAAGACCAACCAGGUCUUGCGCGCGACCGGCGCCGCCGUCGCGACCCAGAAGGCUGUCGUCGAGUCUGCAGUUGCAGAGGAGACACCGCUGGACGGGUUGGUGUUGAGCGUGGAGCCCAACACCACCACAACCACCAUCACAGCCGACCCCGAGCCUUCCUUGGAGGGGGAGGGAGACGCUGGUGCAGCCAUCGCCGCUGCCAACGUCGCCACCCAGGAAUCGGAGCCUUCUUUGAAGGGGACGAAGACCGUGGCUGACGUUUUCCCCGCGGACCGGCCGGAUGAUGAACCCAAGCCUUCUUCGAGGGGGAUGGGGAUGAAGGCCGUCCAACCGGAGACGGCGGAGCCCAUUGGGCACGCCCAACCGGUGACCGUCACCUCCGGGUCGAUCGCCGAGGAGCUCCCUGAGGUGGAGCAGGGUGUAGCCGAGGCCGAAGCUGACCCCAUCGCUGAGGAACCCGAGUCUCCUCUGGAGAGGAAGGUGAAGGCCGAUGAUGAACCGAUCGCGACUGAAGAGCCGGAGCCCAAGAUCUCCUCCUCCCCUUCCACUGAAGAGGAAGAGGAGGACGACGAGGCGAUGGUCGACGUCGCCUUUAUUAACGUGCCGACGAAGUCGGAAGCCGAACCCUCGCACGAGGAGGACGAGGCGACGAUGGAGGUCGAGCCGUUGCUCGCCCUGCCGAUCCCGGGUCCGGAGACGGAGCUAGGAGAGGUGAUGGAGCUUGAGCCCACGACACUCGCUGCCGAGGAACCGAAGACGGCCGUGCACAUAGUGCCGGCUCAGGAAUCGGAGAAGGCCGAGGUCUUUACAGAUCUUGCCGACACGCCAAUGCCCGAGGCCUCGUUCCAAGAGGAGAAGGAGGAGCGAGAGGAGGGGAAGAAGGAUGAGGCUAUGACGGUUGAGCAGCACCAACCUGCCGCACAGGCGGAACCCUUCGACGACCAGAUGCACAUCGACCUCCCCCAGCCGUGGGAGCAGCAGAUGGUCACCUACCAGAUGGCCGAGCAGGCGAGACUCGACGCCAUCGACGAGCAGUACCGCCGUGCCGAUGCCGAGGCCCACGCUGCCUGGCAGGCGGAACUCGAGGCCGCCGAAGCCCAGCGACUCGCCGACGAGCAAGCCGAGAGGGAGCUGGCCCUGGCACUCCAAGCCGCCAUCGAAGAGCACGACAGGCAGCAGGCCGAGGCGGCAGAGCGGGCCCGACAGGAGCAGCAGGCCAUGAUGGAGCAGGUCGCACUCGACCAGGCCCGUCAGCAGCAGCAAGAAACCGAGAACGCCGCGUGGAUGCAGGAGCUGGCCCGCAUUGCCCAGAUGGCCGAGGCCACCCUCCAGAAGUCGACCCAGCUUGCCGAGAGGCGGCAAAGGGAGCAGGAGCAGCAGGAAGAGGAGCAAGCCCUCCUGAUCGCCCAGGCUGCUGCAACCCCGGCCGAGCCCACAGUUGCGGCGGAGGAGACCGUGGUGGCUACUGGUGCCGGCGUCAAUUCCGGUCCCGAAGCCCAAACCGGACAACCCAACCAAGAGAUCACCAACUCGACUGAGGAGCACACGGACAUGAACGAACAGGAGCUCAGCUUCCUCGUGUACGAGGGAUCCGGGUUCGACGACUCCCUGUUUGGCGACUUCUCAGCUCUUGAAGAAGAGGUCAACACAGCGACCCAAGGCGCCGAAGCGACGGGCACCACGGCCGCGACCACCACCACCACCACCACCACCACCACGACAACCAACACGGCUCCCUCUUUCGUCCUUACCCUGCCGCCAACCACCCCUGGCCCCGCAGAUGCCAAUCACACGCCCGUCUCAACAACCAACCAGGCAGAUCCAACUCCGACCCCUGAGCCGGCGGAUCAACUGACGAUCCCGGACCUCGCCCCGCCCGUGUCCGAGUUCAACUUCAGGAUGGACACCCGGGAGGCCAAAGCCAAAGCCAAAGCCAAAGCCUCCGACUCCAAGCCCGCACCCGCGGAGGAUGCCGAAACACAGCAGCAGCAACAGCAGCAGCCGGCCGGUGCAUCAGCCAACCCGGGCGCGCGCAAGAUCCUCCCCGCCAAAGGACGUCUCGCAAAGCUGCGAUCUGCAGGGUACCCGCGGGCGGAGCUGGCCGAUCAGCAGCAGCAGCAGCAGUCAAGUGCCAACGACGACGCGAGCAUCGAGAAGGAGCUCGCCGCGUUCGAGCAGGGCUGGGCGGAGGAGGAGAGGCAGGACCCGGAGUGGGCACGGGCCGAGGCAGAGCACCUGGCGCGGCAGGAAGAGGAGGGCAAGAGGGCCAAGGCGGAGGCGCGGGCGCGGGCGCGGGCACAGGCUGCGCUGGAGCUGCGGCAGCAGGAGGAGCAGCGACGGGAGCACGCCGCGCGGUUCGCCAGCGCCGCCGCCUCGUCCUUUGGCCAGGAGACCAUCUUCCGACCGCCCGAGCCCGGCGAGGAGGCCCGCUUCGAUCCGCGCGCACAGAAGGCCAGGACCGAGGCCGAGACUGCCAUCGCGAUGCGCACCGCCGACGAGGAGGCGCGGAGGCGCGCGGCGUCGCACAAGGUCGACCCCGACGCCGAGCCCGAGCCAGAGGACGUGGUCGACUGGGGAGACGAGGAGAUCAGCGAGGAGGAGUAG